AUGAAAGUGCUUUCCAUACAAGCCAAUCAACUUACGGGCUGUAUACUUUCCACAAUUUUCAAUAUUUCUAGGAUCGAAAUCAUUGCAUUUACUGGCAAUAGCUUAUCAGGAAGUCUUCCCAGUGGUUUAUGCAAUGGUCUCCUGAUACUCAAAGGGUUUUAUCUAUCCACAAACAAGCUUCGCGGUCAUAUUCCUACAAGCUUAUCAAGUUGUUCACAACUUCAAAUUUUGUCUUUAUCGGAAAAUGAGUUUGAUGGACCAAUACAUAGUGAAAUUGGAAGAUUGAGUAACUUGCAGAUAUUGUAUCUCGGAACUAACCAUUUCACAGGAAUAAUUCCACAAGAAAUUGGAAAUCUUGUUAAUUUGAUGGAGUUAUGGAUGGAGAAAAACCAGAUUACCGGCUCUGUCCCAAUCUCCAUAUUCAAUAUCUCGUCGAUGCAAAUUUUGUCACUGUGGCAGAACAAUCUUAGUGGAUUCUUACCAUGGAAGAUUGGCAACUUAACAAAGAUGCAGCAUCUACAAAUUGGUGGUGAAAUACCCAAAGAGAUAAGCAAUCUCAUUGAGUUGGAGAAACUUGAUCUUGGGUUUAAUAGUUUUAGUGAUCGACUUAAUAUGGAGAUCUUCAACAUAUCAGGGCUGAGAAUAAUUGAUCUUACAUUCAAUAAUCUAGCAGGAAAUCUUGGAUUUGAGCUUAAUCCAGCUGGUUUUGAGUUGUUCACCGUUGUUGAGUUUAAGGUUGAAGAAACUAGUAAGGUACCAUGGCUUCCUGUAAUUUCAAGGCCACAUGUGAUUGCAUCAAUGAUGAUCUUGAAGAUAUGCAAUGACACAUUGAAAUUCAUGGUAGGUUCUUUACCUACAGAAAUUGGAAAUCUAAAGGCGACGACACUAAUAGAUCUGUCAAUGAAUCAAUUUUCAAGUAGAAUUCCUAGAGAAAUUGGAGGAUUGCAAAAUCUGGAAAACCUUUCUUUGAGACACAGCAAGUUGCAAGGAGCUAUACCUGACUCGAUGAGCACCAUGGUAGGUUUGGAAUUCCUAUACCUUUCUCAUAACAAUAUAUCUCGUAUCAUUCGUAAGUCUUUGGAGAAACUUCAACACCUGAAGUAUUUCAACGUUUCUUCCAACAAAUUCGAAAGUAAUCUGAUUGGUUCUGGAAGUUUUGGCUCUAUUUACAAAGGUGUUCUCAGAAGUGGAACUGCCAUUGCAGUUGAAGCGUUCAAUCUGCUACUAGAUGCGGCAUUCAAGAGCUUUGAUACUGAAUGUGAAGUUCUGCGUAGCCUUCGCCAUAGGAAUCUCAUAAAAGUCAUUACUAGUUGUUCCAACCUUAAUUUUAAGGCUUUAGUGCUCGAGUAUAUGCCAAAUGGAAGUCUUGAGAAGUAUUUGUAUUCGCAGAACUACUUCCUCGACAUCAAGCAGAGACUAAGCAUAAUGAUAGAUGUGGCAUGUGCAUUGGGAUAUCUCCAUCAUGGGUGUACUUCGGCAUUGAUUCAUUGUGAUAUAAAUCCUAGUAAUGUCUUGUUGGAUGAGGAUAUGGUUGCCCACCUAAACGAUUUUGGCAUUUCAAAACUUAUUGGUGAAGAUGAGAGUGAUUUGUACACUAAAACUUUAGCAACAUUGGGGUAUAUUGCCUCGGAGUAUGGACUGGAUGGAUUUUUUUCAACAAAAUGUGAUGUCUAUAGCUACGGGAUCAUGCUGCUGGAAACGUUUACCAGGAGGAGGCCUAAUGAGUUUGAGGGAGAUAUUAGCUUGAAGCAGUGGGUGAGUUAUUCACUUCAAGAGGCAGUAAUGGAUGUCAUAGAUGCCAACUUGGUGGAUGUCAUAGCUAUUGCUGAAGAUCAUAAUAUCGCAGUUGAUAAUCCAUCAAAUGCUUCCAAAGAUGAAAAAAUAGUGGAGUAG